AUGCUCAAGUACCAGAAGUGGCUCACUGCAGGCGUCGCGUUGCUCGCGCUGUGGCUGUUGUUGCUGCAGUAUGUGUCCAAUCACGUGCAAAACCCGCGUGUGUUUUCGGUCGUGAAAGCGCUGCCCGUGUACGCAGUUGUGUCCUUUGGCGCGUACUCGCUGGCAGUCAUCGCGUUGUCCGUCAUGGCAGUACAAGACUUCCCCGAGGCGUCCAAGGAGCUGGAUCAGCAUGUCGUCGAGGCCAAACUGGACCUGGCGAAGAAGGGGUUCAAGUUCUAG